AUGUCUGUUUUGUUUCGUCUUACUUCAAAGGUUGCGUCUUUAGCGAAAUCAGGUCGUAUAGCAAGUGCGCGCCAUGUGUUCGACGAAAUGCCUGAAAGAGACACAGUGGCGUGGAACACAAUGUUGACGAGCUAUUCCAAGUUAGGUUUACAUCAAGAAGCUAUUUCGAUCUUCACCGAAUUGAGAUUCUCAGACGCUAAGCCUGAUGGUUAUUCAUUUACAGCAAUCUUGAGCACCUGUGCGAGUCUACGUGAUGUUAGAUUCGGAGCACAGGUUCACUCUCUAGUGAUCCGGUCUAGUUAUGAUGCUUCGUUGGAGGUGAACAAUUCUCUUAUUGACAUGUAUGGUAAGUGUUCUGACACUCUUAGCGCUAACAAAGUGUUUAGAGAGAUGUGUAGUGAUAGUAGAAAUGAAGUAACUUGGUGCUCGCUUUUGUUUGCGUAUAUGAAUGGUGAAGAGUUUGAAGCUGGUUUGAAUGUUUUUUCUGAAAUGCCUAAAAGGGUUUUGUAUGCGUGGAAUAUAAUGAUCUCUGGUCAUGCUCAGUGUGGAAAGAUUGAAUCUUGUUUAAGUUUAUUCAAAGAGAUGUUGCUUGAGAGGGAGUCUGAACCGGAUUGUUACACGUUUAGUUCUCUGAUGAAUGCUUGUGGUGGUGAUUCAUCGAAUCUUGUUUAUGGACGGAUGGUUCAUGCUGUUAUGGUGAAGAACGGGUGGGACUCUGCGGUUGAGGCCAAGAACUCUGUGUUGAGUUUCUACGCGAAAGUAGGAUGCAAAGAUGAUGCAAUGAGAGAGUUUGAGUCUAGUGAAGUCUUGACUCAGGUAUCUUGGAAUGCUAUUAUUGACGCGUGUAUGAAAACGGGAGAUACAGAGAAAGCUCUUAAGGUUUUUAAACUAGCUCCUGAGAGAAAUAUCAUUACCUGGACUACUAUGAUUGCAGGGUAUGGUAAGAACGGUGAUGGAGAGAAAGCACUGAGGUUUUUCGUUGAGAUGAUGAGAUCUGAGGUGUAUUCAGAUCAUUAUUCAUAUGGGUCUGUUCUUCAUGCUUGUUCAGGAUUAGCGCUUUUAGGACAGGGGAGAAUGAUCCAUGGUUGUUUGAUACAUCGUGGCUUUCAAGGCUACGCUUAUGUUGGUAACGCUUUGGUUAAUUUGUAUGCUAAAUGUGGAGACAUCAAUGAAUCAAACCGUGCGUUUGGUGAUAUAGUGAACAAAGAUUUGGUCUCUUGGAACACGAUGCUUUUCGCGUUUGGUGUCCACGGGUUAGCAGAUGAAGCUCUGAAGCUCUAUGACAACAUGAUAGCGUCAGGUCUUAAACCAGACAAGGUGACAUUCAUUGGAUUGCUGACAACUUGCAGCCAUUCAGGACUUGUAGAGAAAGGGUGCAAGAUUUUCAGAUCCAUGGUUAAAGAUUAUGGAAUCCCGUUGGAAGUAGAUCAUGUAACAUGUAUGAUAGAUAUGUUUGGGAGAAGUGGACAUCUAGCAGAAGCAAAGGAGCUGGCUACAGCUUAUAAUUCACUUGUCUCUAACGCUAGUAAUAGUAAUAAUAAUAGUUCAUGGGAAGCUCUUUUGGGUGCUUGUUCUACGCAUUGGCACACAGAGUUAGGCAGAGAGGUUAGUAAAGUUCUGAAGAUGGCAGAACCAAGCGAGGAGAUGAGUUUUGUUCUGUUGUCCAACUUGUACUGCUCGAGUGGGAGGUGGAAGGAAGCAGAAGAUGUGAGGAGAGAAAUGGUUGAACGAGGCAUGAAGAAGACACCUGGAUGUAGCUGGAUUGAACUAGGUAACCAUGUUUCAGCUUUUGUAGUCGGUGACUGUACUUCACACCCACGCAUUGAUGAGCUUUCUGAAACUUUAAGGUGCCUUCAGUAUAACAUGAGAAACCCUGAAGCGUUUGGACCUUGAGAAAUUUUAAGCAGAUAUAGAAACUGUUCAUCACAUUCACU